GCUGGGGAUCGCUGCCAUCUUGCAAUGUCGCGCGGGGGCUUUCCUGGCAGCGUUUGCGCUGCGCUGUUCGUCGUGGUGUAGCAUUAACAAGGGCACGUCAAAGCGAUCAGCCUGUGCAAGUAUAGGCUACACAGACUACCCAAGCGUCACCAAGGUGUCUUGGUGGAUGCGACACUACGAUGGUCCGUCUCCCAAGCGACACUUCAUGUAUUCAAACUCACCCCACAUCCGUAGAUUGGACAAGGGAAAGCUUCAGGGCUGGAAGGCUUCCUCUAGCAAAGCCAAGAACGCUAUAGUCUACAGGGACUCUCAGAACCGCAAGCGCUACAAGGGCACAGCCUUGCUGAAGUCUUCAGAGAUCUAUCCGAUCAAGUUUGCAAGGUGCUUGGUGGAUUUGUACCCGGACCUCGUCAGUAGUGCCCGCGGACAAGCCACACUUCCCGAAGCAAUCCCGCCUGCUUUGGAUUCGUUUUUGAAAAUGCCCGAGACCUCAGCGGGGCUAGAGUUUGCUGCCUUGGAAGAAGUUUUCAACUACCUCCGUCGGGGCAAGCGCCUCAGCAUCCCUGCUAGGUGGGCCCAAUAUAUUUCAAAGCCUCAGUGA